AACUUCUUUUCCGAAAACAUAGUAAAUUCAGUUACAUAUAUGAUAUCGUUGAUGGAUAAUAUUGUGCAAAUGACUCAUCACGUUGCUAUUCUUCACGAAGAUACUUUGAGGAGAUUAUACGAGAUCUCUAAAAGACAUGAGAAUUUAGUCCAAAAGAUACUAACAAAUCUUCAACCUAUUGUAUACAGAACGAUUAUUCGGUCUUUAUCGCGAUUAGAUCUUGUGGAGCGUCUCGUAGAUUUAAGAAAAAGAAAACCUGAUGAAAUGUUUUGCGAAGAAGAUACAAUGAAAAAGAUAUUCGAGAAUUAUAUUGAAUUUCAAGAUAAAUCUAAUAAAAUAAAUGAAUUAUUCUGCGAUAGUGACGGAAGAAAAUUCAUUAUUGACAUCUAUAACAGUUUUGAGUUUGAGAAAUUUGGGACAAUUGUAACGAAUACUUUAUCGACCAUGGUCACUAUGGCAUUGAAACGACCAGUCAAGGUUGAAAAUGCAAACUUAACAUCUGUUGUAAAAACUGUCAAAGGAUUCGUGACUUAUCUGAAUACGCGAAAAGUAAAGUAUUUAAACUGGAACAUUUUUCAAAUCAGCGACGAAUGGAAAAAAACUUUCAACGAAAUGCAACAUCAAGGAAGAUUAGAUAUCUUGGGAAUUCAUCUGAGCAUAGCAAAGAUGCUGGGAGUUCGCAGUUUAUCAUACAUAUCCGUCAAGCCAGAUCUGGAAAAUAUGGAUUUUUUAGCUGAAACAAUUUUGCAAGACAUACGAAGUAAUCCUACUAGUUGGAUCGAGGAAGUGCGCCAACACGAAGCUGAGUUAAUCAAAACGUUUUAUCUUACCACCACGGAUAAAAAAAAGAUGUUGCAGAUCCUAGAAUAUUCUAAUUUCACGCGAGUGUACUGCAUGGAAUCGAAUCCGCCGGAACUGCUAAAUUUUCCUAAGGAAUCGAACAGUACGAUUUUGAAGGAAUUGACAUGCUAUCUAUCCAAAAUUGUUCAAAGGAAUCUGGAAUUGAACAUGACCAACAUUGAAAACGAGGAAGCCACUUACAGGCGGAAGGAAUUUAAUUGGACCGCCUUUAACGAGAAGAUAAUAGAGAUUUACCAAUAUAUCGAUACUCUUCUGCAUCAAGAGGAUCAAUAUUAUAAUUUGAAGGAAUUGAAUAUAUUAAAACAAAACUUUAAGACUUCGUGGACGACGAACAUAACGGCGAAAGACGCAUGGGAGAUCAGCGUAGGUGUAAUCUGCAAGUUCUUUGACGUGAUGGAGAGUCCGCUGUUCGGAAUCCAAACGAAGAAAAAUUGGAAAAACAUUUAUGGGCUCGCGUGGGCAAUCUCGGUGAUCUUCGACAAUAUCGAGAAGGUCAUUGACCAAAUCCAGAACCGCGAUCACGUGGCAAAGCUUUCCGAUGUUUUGCAGGAGAUGCCACAGACUGAGACGCUUGUCAGCACGUUCCUAAGAAAUUUAUCUCCGGUCAUUCUUGAUGUAGUCGACAUGAUAACUUUGCGGCCGGUACCUCUUAUAUCGGCUCUUGAUGAUUACAAACAACGUGAGAUAAUGUGGCCCUGCAUCAUGAACGAAAGUGUUGGCGCUGCAUUAGAAUUAAGAAACGGAAGUCAGGAAGUCAUUAGAGAGCUCGAAAGGAUUGCAUGCAAUCCAAGUCUCUUUAUCAAAGAGUGGAGAGAGCAACCGAUGAUAAUAAGAGUUCGAAAAAUUUUCGAGCAUGAUGAAAAUGUAGAUUUACCGUCAUUCAACUGGACUUUAGGCUACACGAAAUUUCGACGAUUAGUGACAAAGUUCGAUAAUCUGAUAAACAACGCUAAAGACAUUGUUUUGGCAGAAGAACCGAAAUUGGCAAAAUACAUUAACACACUUGCGACAGAAUCGGAUGACAUUAUCGAGGAGAGAUUUCCAAGCAUGCAACUUGAUUGGAAAAAUACCUUAGAUCACAUCGACUUGGAGAUUGACAAGGGGAUUGCAUCUUUCGGCAGCGAUCUUUCUGCAAGUGAAAUUUGGAAACCAUCAGUUAAUGUUACUGAUCGUGUUUUCAUUUUUAUUAAAUAUUUAUCUAAUGUCAUUCACAAAAGCACACGUAUUAUAAUUGACAUAUUGAAAAGCGGCACAGGAAAGAUUAGUUUAUUGUCUUUAUUAGGAUUCGAUAAUAUUUCUCCUAUUACUAUUUUUCACGAUCAGUUACCUUUUAUUCUGGCGACGCUGGUGAAUGGGUUAUCUGAUCCUAUGAUAGAUGAUUAUAUUGUCACAACAUUGCAAAGUAAUACUACAAUCACAUGCUCAAUGUUGUUCGAUUGGCUAUCGGAUUUUAGAGUCGGUCUGAGCGCCGAGGAGUAUAGGAUUUUAAAAAAUUUUACUUGCGAUCUUAAUCCUGAAAACUUUAAUGUUUACAUGGAUCUCUAUAUGUCAGAAAUAAUGAUCUGGAAUAAACCCGCUAGCAAAUAUCGCUCUUAUGUAGCUUCAACGCUUAGUGAUGCUUUCGAUCUUGUCGGAGCUAUCAGUCUCACGAUGAGACGCAAUGUAAUCAUCGAACCUCCGUUUUCGAAAAAAUAUUUGAACCAUAUGAUACAGAUGCUGAAAGAGAGUUUGGAGAUUUCAAAUGCAGAGGGUACUUUCCACAAGGAACUGAAACUGGGCCAAGGAUGGUCGAAUUACAGAUUACUGAUGGAAGGCGUGUCGGAGAUUCUGAUCCAUAUUGGCAAUGCGUUGAAACAUGCAGAGAUACAUAAUUACGAAUUAAAAACUUGGGAAUUAGCGGAGAACGGUGAUAUGCGUCAAGUGCUGAAGAUUCUGGAGGCUCAUCCAGAAGAGACGGUUGCGUUAAUUGCCACUCUUAGCACGCUUAACGAUGUGACUGGUGAAUUUAUGCCCUUCAAGGAUGUUAGGAAGAUGAUGUGCACUCAGCAUUUUAAUUCUGAGUAUUGGUCCACAACAAACAGAACGCGUUUCUUGCAGGAAAUAUGCUCCUUCGAUCCCUACCAGCUGUUGAGGACUGCCACGAGCGAUGAAUACUAUGAGGUUGUCACCGGUAAAAGAACUGCUCUUUCGAGAUCGACUCCGUUAACUGUCUCGUUAACAAAAUUAUUGGACAUUGUCUCAAAUUUUAUGACCGAGUCACCAGGUGUGAAUCUCAAAUCGAACAUCUUCAAUGUAACGACAUGGAUGAAUCUGUCUAACGAAACUUGGGCUUUGAUCCUGAAAUCUGAGAAAUCUUGGAUCCACCAUUAUCAAAAUUCUGCGUGGUACAAAUUCAACAUGACGUCACACGUCGGUACAGAUUAUCUUGUUAGAUCCAGGAGACUAUUUCAGCUCCUGGAAUCCGUGAUCGAUCUCGCGUCCGGUGGAGAUAUUUGGCAGAAGCUGCGUAACGUGUACGAGAUCUCGAAACUCAAGCCGUUAUUAACGCUCGUGGAGGAUAUGCCUAAUCUUCUUAUCACCGCUACCGAUACCUUCGCCUCGUCCGAGAGAUUGGAUGAUUUCAUACAGAAGUUUCUACUUGGCUUAGUGCACCCUUGCAAUAUCGAUCGAUAUCUGAUUCCACCCAGUUACAUAAGGAAGAGGGGUUUAUUGACCAGCAUUAAGAAUUUUUGCCAGAAGAUCCUCCUGAGUGAUGAACAGUUGACAUGGAUAAAUUUGUUGCCAUUGAAUGGAAAAUACAAUGAUAGUUACAUUACGUCCAAUAUGUCUGACUUAUCAGAAUCCGUUUACGAAGAACAGCUGUUGCAGAGAGUGCAAGGAUUUCAGAUCACUUUGAUUCGUGCUUUGUCGGAAGGCUUUAAGCAGUUAAAAGUUCCUGCAUGGUGGACGUCAUUCGAGGAGGGUAGCUUAAAAAACUUCAUCGCGCAAUAUAAAAAAAAGGAUAUGAAGACUCUGGCAUAUUCGAUGGUGAAGAAAUCAGUAUCACUUUUAAAAAAUUUUUUGGUAACUCAAACUGAUGCUGCAGAUUGUAAAUGGUGUUUUACUCUUCCACUGGAAGUUUUAAAUUCUCAGCUGAUGCACCAUAAUCUCUACUCAAAAUUACUCUGUCAAAUGAAUCGAUUAAAUAUAUCGGAGGUGCAUGAAAUUUUGGUGAAUGAUUUUCACUGGAAUAAAACAGGCAACAUGGUUAAAGAUUAUAAAUAUCUGAAUAAAAAGAAGACACUAGAUGACUUCUUAAUUACAUUCGAAACUACUUUACAUUACAUCGCUGAUAUUCUGGUUGAUUUCCAAAAUGAGACAUAUAGUAAUAGAGUAAACGAGUGCUUUUACAAAUUUGUCGGUGGUCCUACAUAUUCUAGACCAGGAUUGUACGUUACAUUUAUUUUGGGAAUAUUGGAAAUGCUGCAAAAGAACGUUUACAUCUUGGAUUCGGCGUCCAUCCACGAAGGUAUCAACAAUUUGACCCGAUUAGCUGAGAAACACGUGCCGAUUUGGCAACCAUUGCGCGACGUAGUGAAGAAGUCUGAUAUCGCUGACAUCGACGCUGCGUUACCAAAUGCCACUAUCAAUGUGAAUGCGAUCUUAAGUAAUCUGAACACGAGUCUAUGCAAGAUAAAAGUUGACUGUCAAAAUGCGACGGUUCUGUACAAUUUUCUCAGCUCGAAGAGAGCGACUAAGGUUUUCCGAUACAAUCCGAAGGCAUCAAAGUAUCCGACGAUAUCCGACAUUUCAAGCCGAUUGGCUCGAAGUCUGGACGUGGAUCUCAUAAGUCAGCAGCUGUCUUUCUGGCGCACAGAGGCUUCUUGGAAUCUCUUCUGGCUCAAAGAGAUCUUGGUUCAUUUAUCCUCGAUCCUCGAAGAAGGAGGAAAUUUGCUGGACAUCGCUAGUAAAAUAGAUCUCGAAGAUGUCACCAGCAUUCUCGGGGUUCCCGAUCUCGCCGAGGGCGUCAUUAAUAUAUUGAAGGAUAAAACGGUUGACAAAUUAUUCGAUGGAAUGAAGGAACUUCUCGAGGAUGUGGAGCCGUUUAUUAGCGAUCACGAAAUAAUCGAGGAUUUACACAGAAUAAUCGCGACAUUGGAAUCAAUGGAGAUCUUCAAAAACCUAGGACUGCUGGACAUGAAAUACGUUGUCAACGAAAUGUUCGACAAUUGGGACUUCGUACGAACGUAUUUAAUCGACAGAAUUGGUAUUACCAACGAGAUCGCUCUCACUUUAGGUGAGGCAAAGAUAGAUAUGAUUUCAGUUUUCAUGCAACAACGUGGUAUCGUUAGUCUGAAAGAUACCAUUUGCUCUCCUGAAAAGCUUGGCAAUAUGUUGCACUUCAACAACAAUCUUGUGACUGCCGAGGAAGUUAGUUUUGCGCUCUGCCAAUUGGAAGAUUCUCAAACACAGGAUAUUACUAUCAUGUUGAUGAAGAACUUGAACUUUGAAUAUAUUUUCAAAAACCUAAUGAGCGUUAAUGUGAAAAGUAUAUUGAUUAACGCAAAUCUAACCGAGAGCGAAGGAAAAAUUAUAUUGGACAAUCUUGGUGUUGCUGCGGAAUUAUUUCCAUUAUUCAAAGAUAGGCUAUCAGCUAGUUUUUCUGUUGGAAAGAUAACGGAUGAAAGUAACAAGGAAGAAAUUGACGAAGCAACAAAUUCGCAAUUUCUGCAAGAAUCUAGCAAGCUACUUUGUGGUAAAACAUUGUUCCAAAAUCAGGGGCAACUUUAUAAAAUUAUCGCCAGCUUGAAGGAUAGCAACAACGCGUCCGAUCAGAGAGAACUCGAUUCCUUGCCAGACUCUUGCAAAGAAACGUAUAAAACUGUGCUUGCUAUACCCGGCGGAAAGAUCGUCUGGUCGUAUGUUAAGCCUUUGUUACGCGGGAAGAUUCUUUAUGCACCUAAUACCGCUGUGAUUUCUGAAGUCAUGGCGUUGACGAACGAAACCUUCGUGCAGAUGGAUAACUUUGGCGUGCUGGUAAAUAGCGUUGAGAAGACUCUUAAGGCUAUAGCCAAUCUUACAGAGAUGGGCGAUACUUUGAAGGAAUUACAGAACAUACUAUCUUCCGAUGUCAUGAAGGUUGCAAUCAAGUCAAUGAGUAGUGGCAAUUUCGAAGGUGAUCUUUCCGAGUUGAAUAUCAGCGAGCUUGCAUGGCGAUUGAAAAAUUCGACAAAACUGAUUUCGAUGAUUGGCAUGCUGAACAGCAUGAUGGGAUGCGUGGUAGUGAAUAGAACAAUAGGAUUUUCUUCAGAAGAAGAACUGGAAAUAGCAGCUAGUCGCUUGACCGAAACGAACGAGUUUCUAGCCGGGGUGAUCUUUCUGGACAACACUUCUUCGCACUUAGCGAAGAGAUCUCUGGACCACGAAUUACCGGACAAUAUUACCUAUAAAAUCCGCAUGGAUGUGGACUACGUGCCAUCCACCAGACGACUAAAGACUCAAUUUUGGCUCCCCGGGCCGGAAAGUAGUUUUCUCGAGCAUCUCAGGUAUCUUCGGGGUUUCAUUCAACUUCAGGACUCUGUCGAUCGUGCGAUAGUGAAAGUGAAAACGCGAAGAUACGAUCUUGAAUGGAAGACAGUCACGCAACAGAUGCCGUACCCGUGUUGGAAAGACAUACCAUUCCAAACGACGCUUUACGAGUCUCAAGGUAUGCAAGUAUGCUUUUUCUUCGCGUUAAUGAUGUGCGUUGGAUCGGCCGUCAGGCAUAUCGUUUGGGAAAGAGAAUCACAAAAUUCUAUGAUAAUGAGCGUAAUGGGAUUAAAGCCAUGGCAAAAUACUCUGGCUUGGUUUAUCACGACUUACGUGGAGCUGUCAAUCGUAAUGAUUUGCAUCUCUAUAAUUUUAUUGGCUGGGAAAAUUCUUCCACGAUCGGAUCCUUUCCUAGUACUUGUUCUGCUUUUUGAUUAUAUUUUCUCUAUAGUGACUUUCUGCUACAUGAUCUCGACGAUGUUUAGCUCCGCCAGUCUCUCCGCGAUUACCACAGUUGUCAUGUUCCUGUUAACUUAUAUGCCGUAUGUCAUUGUUAUCGCCAUGGAGGCUGUAUUCGGAUUAGGAUACAAACUUCUAAUCUGCCUGAGCAUGUCGACCAGCUUCUGUUAUGGAUGUCUGUUCGCGGUGCGAAAGGAAGUACAAGGCAUCGGUCUUUCUUGGGCACAUAUGUGGGAGGAAUCGACUCCUGGUGAUCCGAUGACUUUGGGAAUAUUGUUGAUAAUGAUCGCCUUCGAUGGCUGUUUGUAUGCCAUAAUUGGCUACCUCAUCACUAGAUAUAUUGAUUCAGGUAGGGGCUUUCACAGUUUGAGGUCCCGUAGCUUAUGGUGGACAGACACACGCUCUCUCUAUGGCAGGCCAAGUUACCUCGCCUUCGUCAACAAUCUCUAUUUCACUAACGACGUUUUUCAUCCCUCAGCUGCUUACCAAGAUGACGAGAGCGAUCUGAGUAACUUGACGGUCACAGAGAAGCAAAUCGGUGUGAAAUUCGAAGGAGUCAGGAAGGUCUAUCAUACUGAACGAGGUGAUGUCAUCGCCGUGGAGGACUUCACUUUGAAGCUCUGCGAGGGUGAAGUAACAAGCCUGCUUGGAAGAAACGGCGCGGGAAAAACUACUAUUAUCAAGAUGCUAACGGGAAUGGUGGCACCAACCAAUGGCGAAAUUUGGUUAAACGGUGAGGAAGGUUGUAAGCCCGAGAUAGGAGUAUGUCCUCAGGAAAACGUCCUAAUCGGAACUUUGACGCCGAGAGAGCACAUGAUCUUUUAUUGGAAGCUUAAGAAACCUAACGAUGACAAUAACAGUAUGCAGAGGAAUGUUAAUGAAAUGAUGGCCUCUCUAGAACUUGGGCGUCAGGAACAUGAGCCCGUGUCACGUUUAUCAGGCGGUACACGACGUAGGCUCUGCGUGGCUCUGGCUUUUCUUGGUUCGCCACGUUUGGUGAUCUUGGAUGAGCCCGGCGCCGGUGUGGAUCCCGCAGCCCGACGACGGAUCUGGCGACUGAUAGACCAACAUAGGAUCGGCAGGACCGUGCUCCUCUCGACUCACCAUCUGGACGAGGCUGAUAUGCUAAGUGACACGGUUGUGGUGAUGCACAAAGGGAAGAUCUUGUGUACUGGUUCGCCACUAUCCUUGAAAAUGACACAUGGCACGGGAUACAAACUGAACAUCUCUUUCCCGCCCGAUCACUACGCCAAUGGAGAUGCGGGGAUAGGAGGAAUAGCAGAGACAAUCGAGAAAAAGAACUUGAAAGCUCUUCGUACUAUUAUCGAGGAAAUUAUAUCAAACACCGCGAUAAACGAGGUCUCCGAAACAGAGGUCACCAUUGCGUUGCCUUUUCAGGGAAAGAAUGGCAUUAACAAUGACAUCGCGCAAGUGGCAAAAGCGCUGGAGGACAAUCGUAAGCUCUUGGGAUUCUCGCACUUCUCAUUGGAGUGUGACACUCUGGAAAGAGUCUUCUUGGAUCUCUGCGCGCGAGCAGACAAAGGAUCAAGCGUUAUCAGAGCGAGUCAAGAUAGCGUUGUUAAUAUGGAACUCGCCGUUCCCGUAUCAGACGACAACAUUGAUUUAAUUACCGAUAUGAUGGUGAGACCAUCGCCAAUUCGACAGAUGAAAGCUAUAAUAAAAAAAAGGCUAUGGCAUUUCGCGAGAGAUUGGAGAGCGCCAUUGGCUGCGCUCGUUUUACCAACCAUGUUCGUUGCUGUCGCUAUGGGAUUUUCUCUGGUACGACCACCGUCCGAGAACGAACCACCUCUGGAUUUGACCCCAAAACUUUAUGAUAUUCAUCCGACUUACUUUUACAGUAUUGAUGGUAAUGACCCGUUCCUAGAACGCGUGUCUAUGCAGCUGCACGAUCGCUUCGGGGAUGAUUAUGCUGGAGCAUGGCAAACCUUACCUAAUGAUACCGGAACCUGCGAAUGUUUGGAUGGUCAACAAACUUGUCGAGGUGUUUCUAAAGCUGUCGAAGGUCUUCUUCAAACCCUGCCUGGCCGACCCACUCUGGAUUGGAUAGUAUCAACUCAUCAGGAAUAUAUAGAGAAACGAUAUGGCGGCUGGUCCUUGUCGCACUCCAAGGAAGAUCCUCUUUUCAUCGUUUGGUACAAUAACAAGGGCCACCAUUCAAUGCCAGCGUAUUUGAACGCUCUCAAUGAGGCAAUCCUGCGAGCAACCGGGGUGCGAGGACACUUAACCACACUCAAUCAUCCUUUGAAGUUAUCGAGCGAUCAGCUAAAUCGAACGACACUAUUGCAACAUGUGGCGGAUGUCGGAGUGGGAUUGGUACUUUUGAUAGCUUUCAGUUCGGUUGCAGCUCAGGGAGCUAAGGAGAUAGUCAGAGAACGAUUGUCGGAAGAGAAGAGAAUACUUUACUUAGCUGGAGUUCAUCCUAUCACGUAUUGGACGACAAUCUUAAUUUGGGAUUUUAUAGUAUUCCUUUGUGCCACCUGUUUAGCGAUCAUUGUUUUCGAGAUCUUCGGUUUGUCAGCCUACGUUGCGAGAGAUAAUCUAGCUGGAGUUUGUCUUUUAUUAAUUCUAUUUGCAUGGGCAGCACUACCGUUUUCGCAUCUAGCCGAAAAAACAUUCGAUGACUCGAGUCUGUCGAACAUGGUGCUUUUCUGCGUAAAUACCUUUAUAGGUGUGAUCUGUCUAGCGACAAUUUUAGUCCUCGACAUCGUCGGCCGAAGUAAAACGACCGAAGACGUGAGGAACAUACUGCAUUAUAUUCUAAUGAUCUUCCCGCAAUAUGCUCUCGCCGACGGGUUGGUUCAGAUCACGACGAAUGACAUCACCGCCGAAUUGUUGGAAAGAUUCCACAUGGAUACUUACAAGUCUCCACUCGGCUGGGAUCUUCUCGGCUACCAUUAUGUAUAUCUGUCUGUAAUUGGUGCGAUUCUAUUCUUGUUGAAUCUAGUGAUUGAGUGUCGAUUCUUGCCCAAUUUGAGAAGGCAAAAAAUUAGUUAUGAAACAGUCCAGGAAGACGAUGACGUUGCCAGGGAAAGAUUGAGAGUUGAGGCCGGGAUGGUCGACGACACCCUGAAGACCGUGAAGCUGCGGAAGGAAUACAGGAGUGUGUACGGAACAAAUGUCGCUGUGCAAAAUUUAAGUUUCGGCGUACAGGCCGGAAAAUGCUUCGGCCUCUUGGGAGUGAAUGGAGCAGGAAAAAGCACGACAUUCAAGAUGCUGACAACAGAAAUCAUUCCUACGGCCGGGAAGAUUAUUCUGAAGGGGAAAGAUAUUGGCGCGCAGCCUUUGUGCAACGGCGAGGUUGGAUAUUGCCCUCAGAGCGACGCCCUGGAUGGAUUCCUCACGCCCCAUCAAUGUUUGACGAUUCAUGGUGAAGUUUGCGGGUUGAGCAAUGUUCCUAAGGCAGUGGAGACGACGCUGAAGAGAUUAGAUCUACUCAAGUAUGCCCAUCGAAGGGUCUCUGGCCUCAGCGGCGGUAACAAGAGGAAAUUAUGUGCCGCAAUAAGCGUUAUGGCUCCUGCCGCAGUAAUUCUCAUGGAUGAGCCCACAAGCGGGAUGGAUCCCGCCACGAAGAGUUUCGUGAAUAAAGCCGUGAAACAAGUGACGAGAAGUCAAGGAUGCGUCAUACUAACGUCGCAUAGCGUUGCCGAAUGUGAGAAUCUUUGCACAAGGGUGGGCAUUCUCACCAAAGCUGGUCUCAGAUGUAUAGGAACGUCACAGCAUUUGAAACACAAAUUCGGCGAAGGAUACAUCGCCUUUCUGAGAUUCGGCCAACCAGUCUCCGCUACGGAUCUUAGGAAGGUUAUCCUGAAAUAUCUGCCGCAGGCGAUGAUCUCUUCAAGGCAAGCAACGGCUGCUCGGCUCUUGCUACCACGAAGCCAGGACAUGGCGCUCAGCGUGAGCUUCAGCAUGCUGAAGCUUCUGGCGGAGGAGCUUAAGGCCACGGACUACACACUCACACAGAGCUCGCUGGAUCAGGUACUGGUGACUUUCUCGGAGGAGCUAGAGGACGAGGUCGUCGACGUGGCUGUCUUCGGUCAGGGCAGCAGUAACAGCGUACCCAAUAUGUACUCCAGCAUGGACACCAUUCACAUGGAUACAUUUUAAAUGUGUUUCGUAUAAUUAGAUUUAAGCUCCAGAGAUCUUUCGCUAGACGCGAGGAAUUAAUGGAAAUUUUACAUUUUCACUCUCCUGUUCGUCAUGCUCUCGCAACGCGCAUUUUCGUGGCGAUUACUGUGAUAGUUUGCGUUUACCUUUGACGCCACGACGAAACGCGCAAUUAUACAAGCUCAAAUAAAAAAGAGAGGAAUUUUUGAUCUUGUGAUUCUCAUGCUCUUAGGAAGAGAUUUGGACGUCCAUUCAUUUCUUUAUGGAAUACAAUUUUUCAAAAUCAAAUUCUGGUAAAAAAUGUUUUACAAAACAUGUAUAAAUAUAUA